AUGAGUAAAGGUAAAAAUAAUAAUAGUGAAACAUGCGUGUACAACAGAAAAGUCGAGGGGUCAGACAGUGAAAUGGAAAGUGAUAGUAGUUGUUGUAUAGAAGAAUCAAAAAAAAAGAAUAAUUGUAAAUACGUAAGUUACGAAUGUGAACAUAUACUUUUCUUUUCAUCAUUUCAGUUAUCUCUAGCAUUUAUGUUUUCAAUAUAUUGUAAAUUUUAUUAUUUAGCUAUAUUAAAUGCAGGAUUAUUUAUAACGUCAGUAUUACACUGGAGAAAACCAGAACUAGGUUUAAGAAGAACAGUUGAUAUUAUUAUGAUGGCAAUAAAUUUAUUAAUACAUGCAUUUUUUUCAUUUAGUAUAAAUUCUCUUUGUGUGUUUAUAUGGGUUUCUGCAGGAAGUUUAUUAAUAAUGUUUUAUUUUGUUGGUAAAAAAUUUAGCUAUAACUCCUAUAGCACAAUAUAUCAUUUGUUAAUACAUACUAUUGGAAAUGCUACUGCCCUGGCAAUUUACUACAUAUCAAGGGAAAAAAUUAUUGACUAUUCCUAG